AACAACGUCAACAAACGCUUGACUGUUGAUGCAAUAGUUGCUGAUGCUGCGUGGAAUUGGAAUGUUUUCCGAAUUGUAUAAAAGAAGUGAGUUGUCACUUAGUAAACGUGUCAAACAUUCAUGAAAGAAUGGCUUCUGAGUCAUAUAAGGAACGUCAGGAUGACGAACUGCAGGCUUUACAUGCGAUAUUUAUGAGUGAUUUUAAAGAUCUGCGUCAGAAAGAUGCAUGGAAAGUGAAUAGGCCUCCGCAUGUGAGUUUGACUCUGAAGCCCCAGGAAAGCUUUGGGCACCAUGGCCAGGAGACAUAUGUACAACUUGAUCUCAUAUUCAAAUGCCCACCAACGUAUCCAGACGUGGUCCCUGAAAUAACACUGGAGAAUACAAAAGGAUUGUCCAAUCAACAGCUGGCAGAAUUAAAGACAGAAUUGGAUAAAAAGUCUAAGGAGCUUAGCGGAGAGGAGAUGAUGCUGGAGCUUUCCCAGCUGGUGCAGACAUACCUGUACGCCCACAACAAGCCCCCACCCAAGUCGUUCUACGAGGAGAUGAUGAGCAACAAGCGUCGCCAGCAAGAGAUAGAGGAUCAGGAACAGCAGCGGAAAAUGGAGCUACUCAGGCAGAAAGAGGAACAUGAGCUGUUGAUGAUAGAAGAUGAGAUACAGAAGCGGCAGGAAGCAUUGAAGGAGGAGAACAGGCGACAGAAGAGCAACGCUAGACAGCCCUCUUUAGAAAAGCAAUCAGCCCCUAUGCCUCGAAGGUCUAGUUCCCCAAUAGCUGCGAUAUCAAACACCAAACAAGGGACACCAUCCCAGUCACCGACGGCAAGAAAACAGGACGAAGAUGGGCGGCAACAAAGGAGAAAGAGCACCACCCAUCGCUGCAGUGAAGACGAGAACACCCCCUGUAAACACCACACUGACGGGGUGGUUGUGAUAGCGUUCAACACCAAGAAUGAACGCACUGUUCACAGGGGCACCUGUCUAGGCCAUGGUCUGCACGGGAGCACUGUGUAUGUGGGCCUGGACACCAAGUCUGGGGAGCUGGUGGCGAUAUCGGAAUGGGUCCUGAAGUGGCGUAAAGCCCGUAAAGCCUCCACCAAGCCUGCCGAGGACCAGAGGGAUACAGAGAGAGACGAAUACAUGAAACAGGUGUUAUCAAUUGAAAGGGAGAUGUGUGGCCUGUUGAAACUGAACCAUCGACAUCUGCUGCAUUAUCUUGCCUUUACAUACAAGGAGGAGGUUGGAAAGAUCAACAUCUAUGUGCUAAUAGAGUAUUCAGGGGGCCAGAAUCUCGAGAUCUACCUCACACGGAAGACCUUGACCUUUGAGUUGCUGCAUGGGUACACUCUGGAACUCCUGGAGGCUGUCAAAUAUCUCCAUGAAAAGGACGUUGUCCACAAAAAUCUCAGGGCUUCAAGUGUGUUCAUUGAUGUCCACGGAAGAGUCCGAUUGGCUGAUUACAGUAUCAAUAAAAGAUUGUGUGACCUGUAUACAACAGUUGAAGAGUCCCGACCAGGGGUCAAAUUCACUGACAACUCCUCGCAAACAUCAAGAGGGAACAAGAAAGGAGACAUAUAUCAACUGGGUCUUCUGUUACUGUCAUUAGCGGAGGGAUCAUCAUGCGAUGAACUACUUCCAGUUGUUCCAAGCAACCUUCCAGAUGUGUUCAGGGACUUCCUGUCUAAAUGUUUGCAUAGAGAUGACAAGGUGCGCUGGUCUUGUACCCAGCUUCUAGACCAUCCAUUCUGUAGGGAGCCAAUCCAGCCAAUCAUACACUGUCAAGCUAAUGUGCCUGAAAAAACUCAGAAAGCCAAGAAGGACAACUCCUUGGAUGAAAGUGAAGAAGAAGGGGAAGAGUUCCUCCCCUUUUUAACAGAUUUUGAAAGAAAUAAGCUGUCCCGUCUCACAAAUGAAUUCAAUGUCUUAAAACUUCUGGGCAAGGGAGGUUUUGGGGAUGUUUUAAAGGUUAAAAAUAAAUUGGAUGGUCGAAUGUAUGCCAUGAAAAGGAUUACUUUGAACCCCAAAAGUCAACAUUUUAAUAGGAAAAUCACUCGAGAGGUGAAGCUGUUGUCUCGUCUGAACCACGAAAAUGUUGUUAGGUACUACAACUCCUGGAUAGAAACCACUGACGAACCCGCACUUAGUGACACGUCAUCCUCAUUCAGCGGGACACCUAAAGAUUCUGCGUCAGAGAAAAAAGUCAGCCUUCCUGCAAAUUUCUGUAAAAACAGCCUCGAGAUAAUGGGAGAUAUUGAAAACUUUGGUCCUCAGAUCGAGGGCCCUUCGGGUGAAUUCAGCAUCUCCUACGAGUAUUCAAAGUCACACGUUUGCAAGGAUGAUGACGGCAAUGACUCAGAUGGUUCGGAUGACGAUUCUAUGCAAGGCGGAAAUGUGUUUGCGUUGUCGUUUAUGGAUGAGAAGUCAGACUCGUCGCUGGGUAUCGUGUUUGAGCAGGAGUUUGAGGACGCCACCACCGCCCUGCCGGAGAUAGAAUCCCAUGAGAAGAAAGUUCCUGAGAAGGAUGAACCAGAACUGAAGAAACAGUAUCUCUACAUUCAGAUGGAGUAUUGCGAGAAGUCGACACUGCGUAACUGUAUUGAUGCUGGACUGUACCAGGACCCAGCCCGAAUGUGGAGACUCUUCAGGGAGAUAGUGGAGGGUCUAGUGCAUAUACAUGAACAGGGUAUGAUUCACAGAGAUCUGAAGCCAGUGAACAUUUUCUUGGAUUCUAAUGACCAUGUCAAGAUUGGAGAUUUUGGAUUGGCUACUUCAGACAUCCUUUCAAAGGCCAGUAUAAAGGAGAAUGCACUGGUGCUGACCAGUGCCGGCGACAUCCAUGACUACUCGUCACGGUCUGGUAGCCUUGGAGACGGGAAUCUCACGGGACGGGUCGGAACCGCGCUAUACGUCAGUCCUGAGAUGAUGAUGCAGCAUAGCAAGGUUACAUACAGCCAGAAAGUGGACAUCUACAGCCUGGGGAUCAUAUUCUUUGAGAUGUGCUACAAGCCCCUGGACACUAACAUGGAGAGGGUCAAGGUCCUGGGUCAUCUCAGAACCAAGGAUGUCAUCUUCCCUGAAGACUUUGAUACUGUUGGAAAACAGCUCAAGAUCGUGCAGUGGCUGCUGAACCACGACCCCAACGAGCGCCCCACAUCCAAGGAGCUGCUGCAGUCCGAGUACAUGCCUCCCCCUCAGAUGGAGGAGGAAGAGUUGAACGAGGUCCUGCGCUCCACGAUAUCGGACCCGCAGAGCAAGUCCUACCACCGCAUGAUGAACGUUCUCUUCUCACAGACUGUCAGUCUGGCUGACGACCAUGUUUAUGAUAGCGACUUGUAUAAGGGCAGCUUUUCCAUCAAGAUGUCAUUGACACAGGGACUAGUGCACGACACACUCGUGCGCAUCUUCCAGAAGCACGGGGCUGUGAGACUCAGCACAGCGCUCCUGGUCCCACGUCAGAAGCUGUAUGACCACGCGGAACAUUACACGUGUCUCAUGGACCAUAGCGGCCGGCUAGUUGGGCUGCCAUUUGAUCUCAGGUUGCCCUUUGCUCGUUACGUAUCCAGGACCAAUGUGAACUACCUUAAACGUUACUGUUUUGACAAAGUGUAUCGCAAGAGAAAAGUAGGAGGCUUUCAUCCCAGGGAGCUCACCGAGUGUGCCUUUGACAUCUUCACAAACUCUGUCAGUUUAAUUCCAGACGGGGAGGUAAUUGUGGUAGUGCAGGACAUCAUCAAUGAGUUCCCUCCCCUGCAGCAGAGAAACUACUACGUCAAACUGCACCAUACCUCACUAGUCUCCGCUGUGCUGCUUCACUUUGGAUUGCCUGAGAAUAAACAUGCAGAAUUUCUCAAGGCUUUGACUGAAAUCAAGAGAGAUUCCAAGUCCAGCUUGUCAAGUCUGACGACAUUCAAUUUAUCGGAGCAAGUCCUACAUCAGAUGUUGAAUCAUCUUGAGACGGAAGGAACGUAUCAGAAAGUUGCCAACGUUCUAAGGACCAUAACCAAAUCUCGAGGACAGGCAGCUACUUUGGCCAAACAAGGACUGCAUGAACUCGAAGCAGUAAUCACAAAUGCUGAGCAGCUAGGUCUGAAGUUACCAAUUUCAGUGCGAGUAUAUGACAGUUUGACCACGCUGAUGUACAGAGGGGUCACCUUCCAAGUUACAAUCGAUAUUAAGCGGAAGAAGAAAACUGUGUCAGAGGUGCUGGCAACUGGCGGAAGAUAUGACCAUCUGGUAGAGCAGUAUGAUGCAAGAAGAGGCAAACCGGCCUCCAAGAAGUCUGCCGUAGGUGUCAGCAUUGCCUUUGAGAAGAUUGUAUCAGCCAUGUUGGAGAUGGAGGAGUUCGAGCCACCGAGCGCCUAUGACAUACUGGUGUGUACGAUCGGACAUCGGCCUAUGCUGAAGGAGAGGAUGGGUCUAGUGAGAGACAUGUGGAAGGCGGGACUGAAAGCUGAAAUUCUCCAUGAAACACUGGAGGGUCAAGAGGAAAUACAAGACUUCUGUCGGGCCCAGGGAAUCUCACAUCUUGUGAUACUGAAGGAUACAGACGGGUCCAAUGUCAAGGUGCGAACGAUUGAGAAGGAGAAGAUAACGGAGAAGAUCCUUCCCAUCAGCCAGCUUGUGGAGCACCUGAAACAGAGGCUGCAGACGAAUACUGUCGAGUGGGAACCGAAAACAGUGAGUCAGUCAACAAGUAACAAACCAGUCAGUAAUUACACCAUCCCACAAGAAAACCAGCCACAGACUACUGUCCCUGGGGGAAACAUUGCAGUCAAUUUUGAGUUUAUCAUGGAAUCAAACAUAAAACCUGCUUCAAACACACGGAAAAGGCAUGAAGCACAGAUAGUCUCAAAGGUGACCCUGUGUUUUCCAUGGCUGACAGCUAAAUGCAUGGAGGUGAUAGCACUAGAAAUGCCUGUCUCAGCUAUGAAGGUUCUUAUUGCUUAUCUUGAUGUGGACACCACAGAACAAGCAUUUGAGACCAGCAUCAGUGCUGUGGCGGAAAAAUUGGCUCGUUAUAAGAAGUAUCUCAGUAAAAUUACAGAUAAAAUCCACCAGCUGGUGUUCAAAAAUAAGUGCACAUGUAUAGUGAUGUACAGCAUGAAAGAUGAACGGGUCAAGCUGCUGACCUCCUCAUAGGAAGAGUCUUAGAGAUGGGGCGUUAACCAAUCACGUUAGCUGGUACUUAAAUGAACAGAUGUUGACCAUUACCAUAUCCGUUGGCCACCCUUUUUUGUCUCAUUCAUGCUGGGUGCCAAUAAAACAUCAUUGUAUAUGCAAUCACUGAUCAUACCUUACUAAUGUUGAUUAUGACCCAUGUUCCUCGGCCAAGCAAUCUGUUCACAAUCUUUUCAAAGGGGCGGGUAAUAAAAACGUCAUAUCUGUUUACAUGCCAGUACAUUUUCUGAAACUUUGGUUGCAUGUUUUGGGUGUAUGUAUUGAAUUUAUAGUUGAAAUACUGUAAAUAUUAUAUGCAAUAACGGUACCUGACACUGCUGGGUUUUAGAUUGUAUUUACAAAACUGUCUAUGCCUACCCACUUUCAUUUUGCUUACAUUCUAAUAAAAGUGUCUUUGAUAAAUUAAUUUCAGUUUGUGUGCAUCUAAUAAAGAAUGUUAUAUAAUGGGUUCUAAUGGCAACUACAUUUGUUUUUAUUGAUCUAAAUUACAUGUUGAAAUCAAUUCCAUUUGACUUCUGUGAAAUUUACAAUUAGUUUUUUAAAACAAGAACUUCAUGUUAGAGACAUUAUUUGCCUUCAUUCCGGUAGAGAGAAUGCUUCAAUGGAGUAGUCCUGCCCAUAUAAGUUUUUUUAAUUGAAGCAAACAUAAGUACAACAAACGAAGAAAACAUGGGUAUGGUUAUUUUAAACAUACCAAUAUUAUUGUUUGUAUGUUGUUUUAAAUAAAUAUAAGCUUGUCGUUGGUCAACUUUCUAAUUUAUAUUAUUGGUGUACAUUUUUGCAAUGAAUUGGUCAUUCAGCUUGUAUGCACUGUACACAAUGUUUAAUAGACAGACCUUAAAGUAAUGUGUUCUCUGUAUGUUGCUGAUACAGUUUAUCGAGGAAAUCAAGGACGAUAAAAAUCUACAUCUGUUGUUAUUUUUCAAAUGAUAUUGAUAUAAUUAUGAACAAAUGUCUUAAAUUUUGUUCUUCUUUGGAUUGUACCUAGUAUUUUUAUUAUGUACUUUUACACAGUAGUGUAUACAAUACAAGUUUUAAGAGAACAUUUAUUUUUAUGAUAAAAACAAGUACCCGGUGUCAUUUUUGUUUUGUUUAUUUUUAUAUCUUUUUUUUUUCAUUCAUGAUUGUUAAUCUUAAAGUAAGUUUUUUGUAUAAGGUUCCAAUUUUUAGGAGAUCAAGCAUAUUUUGAUGUCUGCCUAUUUAUAUGGAGUUCUCGGUUCUAUCCCACGGAUCUAAUUCACUUUGGAAAGAGAAGUCAUGGCCAUUUCAAAUGCUGGUUCAACCCAGAGAACCUCUCUAAGACUAAAGAAUAUAUAAACUUAACCCUUUACCACUUAGAUACGUAUUUUGACUCAUUUUUUGUCCCUUAGAAAGUUCACUGCGAGUUACUCAGCAGGCAGUUCUGGUUUUAUGCUGUUUGCACAUAGCCAUUUCCACUUUGGCUCUGAGUUAAGUAAAUAGGUUUACACUUAUGUUAUAGUUGUAAAUUCUAUAUCUUGUCCUCCUUCAACCAGACUAGAAAUUCACAUACAUGUGCAUGUGCUAAUAAUGGAUGCACUUUGUUUCUCAACUUUGUGCCAGUGUUUCCAGGGCCAGUGCAAUAGUCGGUGCUUAAUACUGUUUUAUCACAUGCUGUUACUUUUGUCCAUGAUGUAGACAAACCAGCAUGUCAGUUCUUAUCUUGAGAGUGUACAUGUAUGUGACAGGGAUUUGAGAAUUUUCAACAUUUUCUUCUACUGACAAUCACUUGACCUUAUUGCGGGAAAAUUACUGUCUGCGUUAAAUGAUGUUUAGUCAGGAUUGUACAGCAUGUUUUGGUAAACUGAGAAGUUUAAAAGCAUGUGAUUAACCCUUUGAGCGCUGGAACCGGAUUUUGAAGGCCUUUGCAAACAGUUUGGAUCCAGAUGAGACGCCACUAAAUGUGGCGUCGCCACAAAACGUGGCGUCUCAUCAGGAUCCAAACUGUUUGCUAUUCUGAUAGUAUUCUUUGAAAAAAAGUGAAGAAAAUGAUGAUUUUAGAAAUUCAGCAGACGACAUUUUAGCAGAUGACAAAUUUCCCAGCAUGCAAAGGGUUAAAAAGAUCUGAAACUAGUUGACAUUUCAAACCUCUCGUAUUAAAAGAGCAGAGGCAAUUUAUGUUUCAAGCCAAACUUUUCCUGGUCUCGUUUAAUAAAAUAUGCCACAAAAUAACAACUAAUGCUUAUGCUAUAUUAGUUAUUUUCAUAUGCUAUAUGUGUAAGUUACAAGAUUUACUAUUGAACAUUACAAGUAUUAUUUUUUCUCAACUAUUUUCUCCACAUAUAUAUUGUGUUAUAGGUAUUAAUGUUUAGCUGUAUUGUCCAACAAUAAUACUGGGAAACUUCUAUAUUCUUGCCUUUGUACUAUGUUUAGAUUUUUUUGUAAUAGACUUACUUUAAGUGUGUUGAGUUUUAAGAAGUGCUAGACUGACUUUGUGUAUACAAUAGACUAAUAUGGGGUGUACAGUGUUAUUUGAAAGUGGUGUUGUUGAUUUCAAUUUCCAUGUUUAUGGAGUGAAUGUUUAUGAUAAAUUAAUGUUUAAGAUUGAAUGUUUUAAGAUUAGUAAUUGUUUUAUGAUAAGUGAAUUUAUAAGAUAGUUAAUACUACUAUGAUCUAUAUACAUGUAUGUAUUACACAAUAUUUUGUCCAAAAAUUGAUGAAUAAUAAAAUAUUCAGUAUGCAAAA